AUGUCAAUUAGUACUCCAAAAUUACAAAUCCCUUGUUCGUGUUGCAUUCAUAACCCUAAUAUCUUUGAAAGGAACCAACAUUUGAUGACAGAUUACCAAGUCAAGAAAGACACAAGCACAGAGCCUGCAGUAAGCAGGUCAAGAUGGAAUCCCACAUUACAGCAAUUACAGGCACUUGAAGAAAUUUAUAGACGUGGUACCAGAACACCAUCGGCCGAACAAAUCCAGCAAAUUGCGGCAAAACUUCGUCGAUUUGGUAAGAUUGAAGAGAAGAAUGUGUUCUAUUGGUUUCAAAAUCACAAAGCAAGAGAAAGGCAGAAAAAACGUCGUCAUCUAGAAUCAUUAUCUAGAGCGAAGAUACAUGGUGUUCAUACCCUGGAAGCAAACCACACAGGAUUCAGCAAGCGAGAUUUGGGAAUUGAACGUGCUAAGAAGUUGGCUACUCCUUCAAACUGCAGCAAAAUUUCAGAGUAUUCUGUAGCAAUACAUCAGGGAGAAUUGCACCAGACAGCAGCAGAGAAUCAAGAAACCUGGCCACUGGACUUGUAUUCUUUUAUGCCUCCCAACAAAAAAUUUACUACAAAGGAAAAUUCGAAGCCUUUUGGUGACCUAAAACUCAGCAUGUCAUUAUUGCCUUCCAAGAAUGAUGAUUUAAUCAACGUUCUUGAAAAUGAAGGAAAAGAAAAUCUAACCCUUGAGCUCUUUCCAAUUUGGACGAGUGACCAGAACCUUGAGGUCACUGCUGAGGACAUUGGUGUUUCAAGCUUAAAAAAUAUAAUUACUCGAAAUGAAUUUUUCGAAUUUCUUCCUCCGAAAAAUUGA